AUGUCUGGAAAUGCACCCAGAGCCAUAGAAGGCCUCGCCGUUGAGAAGGGGCCGGAACCAGAGAAAAGCGCGGAAGAAGAAACACCACACGAUCCAAACAUUGUCGACUUUGACGGCCCGAAUGACCCAGAACACCCCCUCAACUGGCCAACAACCAGGAAGACGAUCACCAUAAUCAUCGUGUCCCUGACCGCCCUCCUCUCACCCAUCGGCUCAACCAUCAGCGCCGCCGCGGCCGCCGACAUCAUGCACCACUUCAACACCACAAACGCCACCCUCGGCGCCCUCAUGACCACAAUCUACCUCCUCGGCUACGCCUUCGGACCCCUCCUCAUCGCGCCGCUCUCCGAGCUCCACGGCCGCGCCCCCGUCUUCCGCGCCUGCGCCGCCCUCUUCGCGCUCUUCAACGCCGCCUGCGCGCUCGCGCCCAGCUUCGGCUCCCUAAUAGCCUUCCGCCUGCUCGCCGGCGUCGCGGGGUCCUGCGCCGGCACGCUGGGCGCGAGCGCCAUCGCCGACAUGGUGCCGCGCGAGCGCCGCGGGCGGGUGAUGUCCGCGUACAUCAUGGGCCCGACCCUGGGGCCGACGAUUGGGCCGAUUAUCGGGGGGAACCUGACGGCGGCGGCGGGGUGGCGGUGGGAUUUCUGGGUGAUGGCGAUCGCGGCGGGGGUGAUGGCUGUGUGUGUGGUGAUGUUUUUGCACGAGUCGUAUCCGUACGCGAUACUGAAGAGGAAGACGGCAAGGUUGCGAAAGAGUCCGGGGAAUGAGGGCCUGAGGUCGGCGCUGGAUACGAGCAAGACGCCCGGGCAGCUGUUCAAGUUUGCGAUCCUGCGCCCGCCGAAGAUGCUUGUCUCGCCGAUUAUUUUCUUGAUGUCGGCGUACGCUGCGACUGUGUUUAGUUACGCCUACCUCUGCUUUACGACGUUUCCGCGCAUUUUCAAGGACCAAUACGGCUUUGGCAGCGGCGCUUCCGGGCUGACCAGCAUCGGGAUCGGAGUCGGUUUCAUCCUAGGCCUCUUGUUCGUCGGCGCCGUCUCCGAUCCCUGGUCCGCAUACCUCACAAAGAAGAACGAUGGCGUGGCCAAGCCCGAGUUCCGAUUGCCCACGUUAGUCAUCGGCGCCAUCUUCGUCCCCGUGGGCCUGUUCUGGUACGGCUGGUCAGCCGAGUACAAGGCGCAUUGGAUUGUGCCCAUCAUGGGAACCGCACUGCUUGGCAUUGGCAUCGUGACUGCAUAUACAACCACCGCCACAUAUCUCAUCGACGCCUACACGGUCUAUUCCGCCUCAGUCAUGGCCGCGAGCGCCAUCCUCCGCUGUCUCUUCGGAGCGCUGCUCCCUCUAGCCGGUAGCGCCAUGUUCGACGCCCUGGGGGUAGGCUGGGGUAACUCGGUCCUCGGGUUCAUAUCGCUUGCUUUUCUUCCGCUGCCGUUCAUACUCUUCUUUUACGGCGAAAGAAUCCGCGAGUCGAAGCUUUUUAAGAUGGAGUUUUAG